AUGGAAAGAAUCUUCUCAAGGAGGAAAUUUGAAAGGAUCUGUAAAAAAGAUAGAAGUGAUGGGGAAAGUAUUGGAAACUGUACCUUUUGCCAAUGCCUUUUCAUGGUAUUCUGGCUUAAAGGAGUUAAAUUUAUUGUGACUACUAUUGACAUAACCAGAAAACCUGAAGAACUGAAGAACUUAGCCCCAAGUACCAAUCCUCCAUCUUUGGUAUAUAACAAAGAGUUGAAAACAGACUUCAUUAAAAUUGAGGAGUUUCUAGAGCAGACACUGGCUCAUCCAAAGUAUCCUUACCUAAGUCCCAAGUAAAAGGAAUCUUUUGAUGUGGCCUGUAAUCUCUUUUUCAAGUUUUCUGCAUACAUUAAAAAUACACAAAAGGAAGGAAAUGAGAAUUUUGAAAAGUCUCUGCUUAGAGAAUUUAAACAUCUGGAUGAAUACUUAAAUACUCCACUUCUGGAUGAAACUGAUUCAGACAGUGCCAAGGAACACAUAGUUUCCAGAAGAUUGUUCUUGGAUGGGGACCAACUAACACUGGCUGACUGCAGUUUGCUGCCCAAACUGAACAUUAUUAAGGUUGCUGUAAAGAAGUAUGGGAACUUUGACAUUCCAGCAGAAUUCUCAGGAGUAUGGUGCUAUCUUCACAAUGCCUAUGCCCAUGAAGAAUUUGCCCACAUAUGUCCUGAAGACAAAGAAAUUGAAAAUACCUAUGCAAGUGUGGGUAAACGGUAG